AUGUACGAGCACCUUAUCGACCGCAGCCCGUUCGACUUCAUGAUGAACGACCUCAACCUGGGCCUCGGCUCUGCGCUCUACGACGCUAUGGGCAAGUACCCUGGAGGUGCCGGUUUACAAGUUGCUGGGGGAGAAGGUUCGAGACAUGAUGACGGUGGCAGCGUGGACGAGGCCGUGUCCGGCGGACGUGUUCGCUCAAGAAGUGCAACGUUCGCGUGA